GGGCCGCUGUGCUCUCGCGAGACCGCUUCGACAAGAUGGCGGCGCGGCCGAGCCGCUGAGCGGAGCGGAGCGGAGCGGGGCGGGGGGGAGGCAGGCAGGCAGGUCAGGCUGUCGGCUCCCCUGAGCCUGCUGCGUCCGGGCUGUUUCCGGUGGGGGAUGCUGACGGGACGGGACUCGCCGCCGCGGCUCUGAGUGCCUCGUCCCCCCCGCAGCGGCUCCGGCGAGUCUCCCCGGCGGGGCCCCCCCGUCCCCGGGGCCGCCGCUGGCGAUGACCGGAGAGAAGCUGCGCUCGCUGCGCAGGGACCACAAGCCCAGCAAGGAGGACGGGGACCUGCUGGAGCCUGGCGAGGAGGAGGCGGCGCCCGCGCCCGGAGGCGUCUUCACGGGGGGCCGCGGGAGCAGCGGCAAGGGCGGCCGCGCGGGGGGCCACCGCAUCUUCAGCAACCACCACCACCGGCUACAGCUGAAGGGGGCCCCGGCCCCCGCCACCCCGGCGGGAGUCAGCCUCGCCGCGGAGCCCGACAAGUGCCCGGGGCACUUCCCGGUACACGAGUGCGUCUUGAAGGGGGACGUGAGGCGGCUCUCGGCACUGAUCCGCACGCAGGGCAUCGGCCAGAAGGACACUCACGGAAACACUCCGUUACAUCUUGCUGUGAUGUUGGGAUAUAAAGAAUGUGCACACUUACUUUUGGCCCACAAUGCUCCAGUAAAGGUGAAAAAUGCUCAGGGAUGGAGUCCUCUUGCAGAAGCCAUCAGCUAUGGAGACAGACAAAUGAUUACAGCACUCCUAAGGAAGCUGAAGCAGCAGUCCAGGGAAAGUGUUGAAGAAAAGCGACCUCGAUUAUUAAAAGCCCUGAAAGAGCUAGGUGACUUCUAUCUAGAACUUCACUGGGAUUUUCAAAGUUGGGUGCCUUUACUUUCCCGAAUUCUGCCUUCCGAUGCGUGUAAAAUAUACAAACAAGGUAUAAAUAUCAGGCUUGACACAACUCUCAUAGACUUUACUGACAUGAAGUGCCAACGAGGGGAUUUAAGCUUCAUUUUCAAUGGUGAUGCAGCACCCUCUGAAUCUUUUGUAGUUUUAGACAAUGAACAAAAAGUUUACCAGCGAAUACAUCAUGAGGAAUCUGAGAUGGAAACGGAGGAGGAAGUUGACAUUUUAAUGAGCAGUGAUAUUUAUUCAGCAACAUUAUCAACCAAAUCAAUUACCUUCACGCGUGCCCAAACAGGAUGGCUUUUCAGAGAAGACAAAACAGAAAGAGUAGGAAACUUCUUGGCAGACUUCUACAUGGUCAAUGGACUUGUUUUAGAAUCUAGGAAAAGAAGAGAACAUCUCAGUGAGGAGGAUAUUCUUCGAAAUAAGGCCAUCAUGGAAAGCCUGAGUAAAGGUGGUAACUUGAUGGAACAAAAUUUUGAGCCUGUCAGACGACAGUCCCUUACUCCACCUCCACCCAACACAAUUACGUGGGAAGAAUACAUAUCUGCUGAAAAUGGAAAAGCUCCUCACUUGGGUAGAGAGCUGGUGUGCAAAGAAAGCAAGAAAACAUUUAAAGCCACAAUAGCCAUGAGCCAGGAAUUUCCCUUGGGAAUUGAAUCAUUAUUGAAUGUUUUAGAAGUAAUUGCACCCUUCAAGCACUUUAACAAACUUAGAGAAUUCGUUCAGAUGAAGCUUCCACCAGGCUUUCCUGUAAAGCUAGAUAUACCUGUGUUUCCCACCAUCACAGCCACUGUGACGUUUCAGGAGUUUCGCUAUGAUGAGUUUGACGAAUCCAUCUUCACUAUUCCUGAUGACUAUAAGGAGGACCCCAGCCGUUUUCCUGAUCUCUGAUUUACUGGAAAGUUAAUAACAAUACCAGCAUACCACAGUGGAAGCAAGUGGAUGCAAAUAGCCCACAGAUACAGUUAUAGAAGUGGGUCAAAAUGGAAGAGAGAAACUUUUUUUAAAUGAUCCAGAAGAAAAGGGAACACACGUAUGACUGAUGUACUGAAAUUGACUAUAGUGGUCAUCUAAUCUAGUAUCUGAAUUACAGCAAGUCUCCUGAUGUGUCAUUUACACUUUUAUACAUAAAGUGCUGCAAGUGAGAUAGUUUGACACCUCAGUGACUCUAAGGAUACUUUAACAGCUGUGAGGACUGUCAUUUGUUUAUAAUUUUUUUACAUUUGUUCUUUGUGAUACAAAAAGCACUCUUGGACCAUUAGUGCAAAAACUGAAAUGUCUUAGCUGGAUAUUAGCCCUUUAAACAUCCCACCUUACACAAGGUGAUCUUAUAAUAUUCUUUCAAGCUGUUUCCAUAAAUUGUAAACUAUGUAACAUUAUGUAUAGUUCAGUAAUUUGAAUGUUAGUUGAACAUAUAUUAGAAGGAAUGCAUUUUUUGUAGAUGAAUGAACCAAAUGGUAACCAUUACACAAUUGCAUUUACACAUUGCAAUACACUUCAGAAAUAGCAUUCACUCUGCAGGGAAUAAGGUACCUCCUUUAGCACCUUAGUGCAAUCCAUUGUGGUGCUAUUUGUGUUUUUGUCUGACCUGUUAAUUUUUUCACUGCAAGUUGUUUACUAAUUUUCUUUUCAAAGAAUUUGCAAAUACUCCCUCCCUCUCACUCCUCUGCUGAUUUAAAAAUCCUUGCUGUUGAUUAGCAUUCUUGGAGAUUCUUUAUCUAUCUAGAAAUUGCAUUACUUGCAUUAUUUUACUCUUGGUUAGGAGACUUGCUCCAUAAUACCCUGGUUGAUGUGCAGCUAUCUUAUAUUGAUGUGGAGCAGCACACUGGAACAUAUUGGAUGCAUUAAGACACAAUCUCAGACGUUAGAGAGGUUAAGUGAAAUAAAACUUAUUUCUUGAAAACCUAGUGUAAUUGUAGGGCACAUUUAAUAGGACUCACAAUAGAAAAAUUAAAAAUGUGCACUUUUUCAAUACUUAGGGUGUAACUUCCCUUGCCAUAUAAUGGAGUAUGUUUACUUUUUAAAAUAGGCUUUAAAAUCAGGAAUUGUUUUGGCUUCUUUAACUUCCACUGUCCUAAAUUUGAAGGUAAUCUAGCUUUAUUUUGCUAGAAAGAAUGUGUGCAACUGGCUGUUAGUGCCAAUUGUUUGUAUGAGAUUUAGCUUCAAGUGCUGUGGUGCAAGUGUACAGAAAUGUAAAUUUUCAAAAUUGUUUUGUGCACCCGAGCUAAACUACUUUUACUAAAAAUCAAUACAGUAAAUGUUAGUUCAUUAUAGAUAUUAGUUUAUCAAUGCUUAGUAAAAGUAACCAAUCUUACUAAUCAGGUGGAUGAUGAAAUAAGAUAGCUAAAUCAUGAUACAGUAAAAGCAGACUUGUCAGCCACAUUGAUUUUAUUGGGAAAUGGUUAAAGUAGAAUUCUUUCAAAGGGCGUUGCCCCGUCUAUAUAAAAUCCAAAGAGGCUGCCCUAGGGAAUUACAAUAUCCACAGUUUAAGGAGUCCUAUUGUCUCACCCUCAAUAGCAGUUACCUAAAUGGACUGACAGGAGGAAAUAAGGAUGGUUGCUCCAUUCCAGUAGUGUUUUAAACCUGUAAAAGGUUAACACUUGCCUAUCUACAUUGCAGAUUGGUGACUGAUGAUACACUAGAGAGAAAUUGAUCAGUUCUGAAUGAAAAUAAAAAGCACUAGUGAAAUGUAAAAUUGUUGUAGUUAUUCCCAAAGUACCUAACCAAUUACAGGUGUUGAACAUUAGGAGUGAUGAGUUGUUCUUCCAGCUAAUUAUGCGUUCCUCAGGUUUGACAUUGAUUACAUGAAUUGGUACCUACCUUGCAUCCUCCCUUGGCAUCAGCUGAAAUCCUUAGCAAUAACUGAGACAGAAUUUGUAGAUGGAGACAGAAUUAUCUUGUCGGCUCUGUAGGUCAAGGUUAAGCUUCCAUAGGGCACGUUAUAGGAACUUACACUGCCACCCUAGCUAUAACUGUUCUAAGGAUAGGUUUCAGAGUAGCAGCCGUGUUAGUCUGUAUUCGCAAAAAGAAAAGGAGUACUUGUGGCACCUUAGAGACUAACCAAUUUAUUAGAGCAUAAGCUUUCGUGAGCUACAGCUCACUUCAUCGGAGUGCAUCACGAAAGCUUAUGCUCUAAUAAAUUGGUUAGUCUCUAAGGUGCCACAAGUACUCCUUUUCUUUUUGUUCUAAGGAUAAAUGAUGAGAGGGCUUCAGUAUCCAGUACUGUCAGUCCAGCAUGGGUGACAACCCCUAAACCUGUUCCUACAAUUUGUAUUUCUGAAACUAAUGAAUACACCUCACAAUUUAACUGUAUGGCAAUUUCUGCAAAGAGAAAUUGGGAUGUUUCUCAAUGACACAUCAAUAGUUGAUCAAAUUUUUCUUAGUAUUACAAGAAAGGAACUAGUACUUUGAUGUAAAAAAAACAAACCAAUGCACAAACCUGUAUCAUAAAAGCUGCAUCCAUAGGAAGAGAUGCUGGAAGCGGAGAGGUUUAUAUUAAAGGCAAUAUAACUGGAUUUUUUUUGGGGGGGGGAGUGUUAAAUAAGCCUUGAAACAAAAUGAAGGGCACAAUCCACCUGUGGUAUGUGAGAUCAGUAGUGGGCCCGAAGAGAGGACUACCUUUUCCUCUAAUGAACUGUUUGAUUUAAAACUCAUUGCGGUCUAUGGAAACAUGAUAUCAAUGGGCUUUGGAUCAAGCCUUACAUUCAUUAAAAUGUCUCCUGAUAUACAAUUAGGAAUCAUUUGACUGUAACCAGCUUUUGUUUCAGACCAGUUGCUAUUAGAUUCCAGUGACCGCCUCAAUCAAAUUUUAAGUAAGAAGUAGCAGAGUUGCUUGCAUCUCAAAUCCUUUGGGGAUACUAUAAUCUGUCUCGACAUUCCCAGUGAUGAAUUUCAAAACACAGCUAGUGAAAUGUGCACUUUCAAGAGUGGCUUCCUAAAUAAUACACAGAAGGCACAAGUCUUAGCAAAUGAGGGAUGAUGUGCGAGUACAGUGUUGUAGACCAGCAUCUAUAGUAUAGCAGGAGUAAACAGACAUAGCUUUCUUUCGUUUCCCUCCUGCCAAGUAAAGGAUAAUUUUGUCCCCUCUAGAGUGCAGCCACAGUACUUUUACAGAAUGCAUCUAGCACAGCUUGCUUCCGCAGCGUAACAAUGAACAUGUCAUGUAAUAGUUUGAAAACUUUACAUAUGCAUGUAAAGGGAUUUGUUACAAAAAGAUACACUGGAAUGUGAACCUGAUUGUUCAUUUGAAAAAGCAUGACAUUUCUGGAAGUACACUAUUUGUAUAUCAACCAAAGCUUAAUACUGCUGGGAAAACAACAAAAAUGUUCAUCUUCCACUAUCAUCGACAUUUUAAAACGCACAAGAUUUAGAGAUGCAAGUUAUGAAUAAUUCCAUAUCAGUUUUGAAAGUCAAGCUUUUAAAUUUUCAAGAUUCCUCACUGUGUGGGGAGGAGGAAUCUCACAGCAAAAUUGAAGAAAGCCUAAAUGUUAAGUACUUUUUAAAAAUUAGCAGUUGGAUCUGGACUGAAAUGUUUGAUUCAGAAUAUU